AUGGCAGAGGAGGAGGAGGGUGAUAGGGAUGAGGAAGAUGUAUUUUUGGCAUUUGCCCAGGGUCCAACUCCUCCCAGGGGUCCCAUUCUUCGGGCCCUUGAUAAGGCCUUUUUCAUUUUUCUUGCUCUCUUCCUAGCAGUGCUGAUGCUAGAGGCUGCCUACAAGCUGCUAUGGCCAAUACCCUGGGCAAACCUUUGGGGUUGGCUGCUUGGAACACCUCAAAAAGAAGAAGAACUGGAGCUGUAAUCACUGACUGCCUCCUCCCUCUCAACUAAGGGACCAGAAUCUGCCCCAGGACCAGCCCUGUACCAUCUCCUGAUCUUCCCUCUCCCUCUAAUAAAGCUGAGGAUCAG